CACAAAUCAAAUAAAACUAGAUAUAUAUAUAUUGUGGGCUUCGAAACGGCAACAAAGAUGACAGGGUUUAGCUCACCUUCUUCAUGGUGUAAGUUGCUCGUAGUAGCCUUAAUCGUGGUGGCUGUUUUGGAGGUGCCGGCGGCGAAGGGGGCAAUAAGUCCUAGCCAGUGCAAGGAGGAGCAGAGGCUUCUGGUGAACCAGUGUAGGGCGGUGAUCUCGGGAAGUAAUGCAUCGCCGGCGUGCUGCCAACGGGUAAGGGUGACGCAUUGGGAGUGUAUCUGCCCGUCUGUGACACCUAAGUUGGCUGCUCUCAUCAAUGUGGGACAUACUAUUAAGCAAAUUGAAGCUUGUGGAAGGAGUGUCCCUCGCAAAUUCAAGUGUGGAAGCAUCACUACUCCAUGAGAAGGACCUAGCCUCUUGUAGCUAGCUUGGAUGGAAUAAACUACAAAGCAAUUUCAAGUGUUCAGGGCCUCAUGAGUUCCUCCUGCUUGUUUUUUUUUUUUUUUUUGUUCAAUGUAAUAAUGUACGUGUGAAAUCUGCGAAAGAUGUUAGCAUGUACCAUGAAUAAGUAUUGUUUAUUUCAGUCUCUUCACUGAUUUGUGCAAUGUAUGGGAAGGCUAAAAAAGAUAAACUUGCGAGAUUUCUUUUUAAAGAA